UCACGACCUCUUUAGCAUCUUAGAGCUCUAUAACGAUGGCCCUCAAGCGCAUUAACAAGGAACUGAUUGACCUCGGCCGCGAUCCACCCUCUUCAUGCAGUGCCGGUCCGACAGGCGACAACAUGUUCCAAUGGCAGGCGACCAUUAUGGGCCCAGGCGAUUCGCCUUACGCGGGUGGCGUCUUCUUCCUUUCUAUCACUUUCCCCACCGAUUAUCCGUUCAAGCCCCCGAAGGUCAGUUUCACGACGAAGAUCUACCACCCCAACAUCAACGCGAACGGCUCGAUUUGUCUCGACAUUCUACGUGACCAGUGGAGUCCAGCACUGACAAUCUCGAAAGUGCUGCUCUCGAUUUGCUCGAUGCUGACAGAUCCCAACCCCGAUGACCCGCUCGUGCCUGACAUCGCACAUCUGUACAAGACAGACCGUGCUCGCUACGAGGCGACCGCGCGGGAGUGGACACGGAAGUAUGCCAUGUAGUAGCAUUUGUGUUCAUUGACCUGUGGCCCUGAUUAACGUGUGGUGUACGAUGUCCUUUCUUCAAUCGUGUUUCCUCGCAUCUGUAUAAUGAUACAAUCGGACGAGUCAAUACAUGAACGUGAUGCGGC